AUGAACUACAACAACAGCGACAUCGUUUAUUUUUCUGUUGGUAUUCCUGUUAUCAAUGAUACUUAUCGGUGUAUGAUCAAAAAAGCAGUAGAAUGUAAUAGUGGUGGAUGGAAAGAACUCUUUGGCUUCUAUGCUUACGACAAACCUGAUCCUAAUACAGUGGCAUUUUACGUAGAACAAGCCUUUAAUCCGCAUCGAAUUGUCAUUAACAGACAAGCACAAAACUUGGACGGGUUUUCUAAACUCUUAGUCUUUUGGGCUUAUGAAAAUGAAGCAAGUAUUUUCUCUAUAAAUAACUAUAAAUCUAUAAAUAACUAUAAAUCAUUCAUUCUCUUGACUCGUUUCUCUAAACCAAUAACUAUUGAACGUAUCAGAAAUCCAGAGCGACAUGUACUUCGCAUACAGGCUCUAAACAAUAGACCUGAGAAAAGUGGGCAAUUGGUCAAUACUUUUCAUGUUGUCGAUACUGUUUACUGGGGUACUUUGUAA